CAUCAGCUACCUCAACCUCAACACCAGCUACCUCAACCUCAACACCAGCUACCUCAACCUCAACAUCAGCAACCUGAACCUCGACAUCAGCUACCUCAACAACAUCAAGCAGAAAAAUUGGAAAGUCAAACACCUCAUAAAAAACCAUCAUUACCCCUACAAAAGGUAGCUCAGGACAGCCGCACGGUUGAUGUAAAAGAUAACAUACGAUGGAUCAAAGAAGAAUCAAAUACUACAACUAAUGCUAUAGAACAAGAAAUGCCAGCAAUAUCAGUUGAAAGUCCAGUUCAACCAUCUACUCAGAAAAGACACUUUACAGAAGUGGAGCAAGAACAACACGACCAAUCAAAUCUACCAAGAGAUGAGCUUUUUACGGGAAGACGCGUAAAGCGAAGAAUUGAGAACAAGUCUACCACCGAUACUACCCAACCUAUCAUGAAAGCAUUAGCAAAUGCAAUACCAGAGACAGCAAAUGCAAUGUCAGAGACAGCAAAUGCAAUGCCAGAGACAGCAAAUGCAGUAGCAGAGACAGCAAUUCAACAGCCGGCUGAAAUAGAUGCAUUACAAGUUCGCUCACCAUCCAAACCAAAUUCAUCUAUAGUAAUGGAAGCAGAAAGACAGCAUACCAGUAAAGCUCAAGUGACAAUAUCCACACCAACGGAAGCCGAAAAUCAGCAUACCACUAAAAUUCAAGUUGCACAACACGAGCAUGACAUAGCGAUGAUACCCUCAAAAAAGCGUCACUUUGUUGUUGAAGAUGAUGAUGAAGAACACAGUACUGUGAAAGAUACAGAAAGACGUGUGAAGCGAAGAAUUGAGCAGAAGUUUGACACUAAUAACACUCAGCCUAUCAUGAAAGCAUCAGCAAAUGCAGUAGCAGAGACAGCAAAUCAACAGCCGGUUGAGAUGAAUGCUUCACAAGUUCGCUCACCACCUAAACCAAAUUCAUCUACAGCAAUAGAAGCAGAAAGGCAGCAUACCACUAGCAUUCAAGCUGCACAUCAUGGGAAUGACAUAGCCAUGACAUCCUCAAAGAAGCGUCACCUUGUUGUUGAAGAUGAUGAUGAUGAAGAACACAAGACAGUAAAAGAUACAGAAAGACGUGUGAAGCGAAGAAUUGAGAAGAAAUUUAAUACCGAUAUCACUCAGCCUUUCAUGAAAGCAUCGGAAAAUGCAAUAGCAGAGACAGCAGCGUCAACAAUAGCACAUCAAAAGCCUAAACCGACUGGUAGAUCCACAGCAACCCAGAAAGCAACAGAAAUACAGCAUGCCCAAAUACUUCACCUUAAACAAGAACAUGAACAAACGAGUACAGGUUCAACAUCUACCACGAACUCCAGCAGUGACGAGGAAAGAAUCACCAAAGUUAUAGAAUAUCUAGAAAAUGAAUUUCCAGUAUUUCAAAACGAUUACAAAAUAAUUGACAAAAUCGGCGAGGGUUCAUUCAGUAUGGUCUUCUUAGCAGAAGACUUGCGAUAUGAAGAAUAUACAAAUGAUGACUGGAAAUCCGCUGUGGAAAGUAUGGAACAGAGUAACCAUAAUCCGACCAUUACGUCCGUCGAGUCUUCAGCCUCUGCAACAGAAUCCAUCACAGAAUCCACCUCCACUUCUACUCCUUUGAAUACCGAUAAAGAAAUGGAGGGGAAACCUAUCACUGAAGACGGCAAACAUUAUGUUGCAAUAAAGUGCAUCUAUGAGAUCAGCUCUCCAGAACGCAUACUAAACGAACUCCAAAUACUGAAGAAAUUGAAAGGCAAACCGGGAAUCACCUCUCUGAUUACAUCGUUUAGGGAAAAAGGCAAUGUAUUUUUCGUGAUGCCGCAUCAUAAAGCUGACAGUUUCACACAGUUCUUUUGCAAUGUAUCAAUGACUGAAGUCAGAUUUUAUAUGAAGGCAUUGUUCUAUGCAUUGAAAACGCUAAGGCAUAACAACAUUAUUCACCGUGAUCUGAAACCCAACAAUUUCUUAUAUGAUUCGGAAAAGAAACGUGGAUAUCUAAUUGAUUUUGGAUUAGCGGAAGUGGUUCUUAAAGACCAACCACGGAUUCGAUUAUCUCGUGCAGGAGCUGCUCUUAUCGAGUGGGUUAAAAAACAAUUGAACGAACAGACUGAGAUAGGAUACUUUUCAGAUGAUCCACGACCUAUUUUUAAGGCAAACAGAGCUGGCACAAGAGGAUUUCGAGCACCAGAGACAUUACUCAGAACCAAGCACCAAACAUGUGCCAUUGAUGUCUGGUCAGCAGGUGUCAUAUUGGCAAGCAUCCUUACAGGCAAAUAUCCUUUCUUCAUAGCCGGGGAAGAGUCGGAUGCGUUGAUUGAAAUAGCUCAAGUUUAUGGAAAAACAGCAAUGGACGAGAUGGCUGCAAAAUAUGGUCGAACAUUUGACACGAACGUGAUACUCCCCACGGAUAGAAAAAGCUGGGGUCAGAUUUGCCAACUCUUGAAUGGUGAUCAGAUAGCCGAGUGGGGUGAUGAUGUAACAACGGCCAUUGAUUUCUUAGAGAAAUGUCUUGAUCUGGAUGCAGAUAAAAGAAUUACUGCUGAUGAAGCUCUUGAACAUCCAUUCUUGAAAGACGUACAAUGAAUAUCCGGCAGUAAUUGUUAAAAUUAAGUGGCUACUUUCCCCUCAUAAAGUAGUCAUUUGUCAUAAAUUUUGUAAAUAAUAGUUAGAUUCCUCUUUAGCGUUAAUUUUCGGUGUCACUGCCUACUUAUCAUAUCUUCAGUUUGUUGUUUUACCUACAUAAACCUCGUGCAUUCAGCUCGACUCACCAUCACUUCAUUGGCUGCUUUGUUAUCUUCGACACUAACAAAAUCAUCCCACAUUAUCAUAAUCCCCAACAGGAGCAAUAAGUCCGUAUGCAGCAAUCUUACGGAAACCAAGGAAAUGGUCAUUAUUGCAGAACAUUAUACGUAUAUUUUGGACACAAUAACUGAAUGCUAUUUUGGAAAAGAUUGCUUAAUUUAAAUACUGGAUGUAAUAUUCUUCAAUCCCAAAGAUCCUUUCUAACAGAGAGCAACAGUGUUCAAAUAAUUUGUGAAACUGUUGCUGACCU